GCCACUUCGAGAAAGAGCCAGAAAGAGAAAACUCAAGUGAAGAUACUGGACAAGAUUAAGAUUUUCUAGCUUUAUUUCAUCGAAAAUCUACAAAUUCAAGUCGACCAAAGAUGAUGAAGAACUUGAUAGCAGUACUCUUUUUUGUGGUGAUUGGACUGAGUCAGCAGGAAUCGAUAUCAUUUCUCCGUAGCGACAGCGAAAGACGGAUCUUCAACCGCAAAAUUCGCACCGUUUUCCGACGCCUAGACACCGACGGGAAUGGCGUGAUCAGCAGAUCGGAUUUCGAAGCCGUUGCGGAGAAAAUCAUCCGAUGCCACCCUGACAUGAGUGAGGAGAGAAAGGAUCAAAUCCGCCACGAGAUGACAGAUCUUCUGUGGGAGCAGAACUUCGCGGGGGGUUAUGACGGAGAAGGGCCACGCCCACCUAUCACGCUUGCUCCGUUCGUGGAUGCCAUGUACGAGGUCUUUGCUAACCGACGUAAAGAUGAAAGAGCCUACCGCCUUCUGUUUGCCAUGUACGCCGAGGUCCACACCUUUAUGGAGUUUGACGGCCGAGAAGGAGUCUCUCUCUACGAUUACGAACAAUGGAUGAAAUGCCAGCACCCUCAGAUACCUCAGUUUCGUCUGAUCAGGGCUGCACGCGGCGCAUUUCAGCUACUCGAUCGUGACCAGAACGGGCUUCUGGAUGAGUACGACUUUUUGUAUGCUGUGCAGAAGUUCUAUACAGUAAACACCCCAAAUAACAUAUAUAAUAAUAUAGUGUACGGCCCUUUGGUGGAGUAGGUAGCUACCGCCAUCUUGUGAUGCCGAUCUUACCCGGAAUUUCACGACUUUUCACGAAUAGGUUGUGGGAUCUCUUACGGUAGAGUGAAAAAGA